GGCUGGUAUAAAGCGCUGUGGCCCCCCAGGCAGUGCCAAGGCUGGCGGGCAUCAGGGACAGGGCUUUGCAGAGCCAUGGCCCACACAUGGGGCCCCCAAAGGCUUGCAGGUGGGCAGCCGCAGGCCAACUUUGAGGAGAGCACCCAGGGGAGCAUCUUUACCUACACCAACAGCAACUCCACCAGAGAUCCCUUUGAAGGCCCCAAUUACCACAUUGCUCCCAGAUGGGUAUAUCACCUCACCAGCGCCUGGAUGGUCUUCGUGGUCAUCGCAUCUGUCUUCACUAAUGGGCUCGUGCUGGCAGCCACCAUGAGGUUCAAGAAGCUCCGCCACCCUCUCAACUGGAUCCUGGUCAACUUGGCCAUUGCUGACCUGGCAGAGACCAUCAUCGCCAGCACCAUCAGCGUUGUGAACCAGAUGUAUGGCUACUUUGUGCUGGGCCACCCGCUGUGUGUCGUGGAGGGCUACACUGUCUCCUUGUGUGGGAUCACCGGUCUCUGGUCCUUGGCCAUCAUCUCCUGGGAGAGGUGGAUGGUGGUCUGCAAGCCCUUUGGCAACGUCAGAUUUGAUGCCAAGUUGGCCACUGCGGGCAUCGCCUUCUCCUGGAUCUGGGCUGCUGUGUGGACGGCUCCACCCAUCUUUGGUUGGAGUAGGUACUGGCCCCACGGCCUGAAGACUUCAUGUGGCCCUGAUGUGUUCAGUGGCAGCUCCUACCCAGGGGUGCAGUCGUACAUGAUCGUUCUCAUGAUCACGUGUUGCUUCAUCCCGCUCAGCGUCAUCAUCCUUUGCUACCUGCAAGUGUGGCUGGCCAUCCGAGCGGUGGCAAAGCAGCAGAAAGAAUCUGAGUCCACCCAGAAGGCGGAGAAGGAGGUAACCCGCAUGGUGAUGGUGAUGAUCUUUGCCUACUGUCUCUGCUGGGGGCCCUACACCUUCUUUGCCUGCUUCGCCGCUGCACACCCCGGCUAUGCCUUCCACCCUCUGGUGGCUGCCCUGCCAGCCUACUUUGCCAAAAGUGCCACUAUCUACAACCCCAUUAUCUAUGUCUUCAUGAACCGCCAGUUUCGAAACUGUAUCUUGCAACUUUUUGGGAAGAAGGUGGAUGACAGCUCUGAACUCUCCAGUGUUUCCAAAACAGAGGCAUCAUCUGUCUCUUCGGUGUCACCUGCAUGAGUCUCUGCCAGCCCUAAAAAUGAAAACGCCUGCCUCCCGAAAACGGAAAACAGAACCUGUCCCCACCUCCAGGGCUUUGGCCCCCAUCCACCCUGCCUCCCAACACUUCCUUCUCCAUCCCUGUGAAAUAAUCGUAGUUUCUCUUUGC